AUGCCAUUACGCAGAAGAAAGAAGAAAAUAAUUAUUGAAAAUGAAGAAAUAAACAAAGAAAAUAUUAAAAAAAAGAAAAUUAAUAAAAAAAAAAUUAAGUCUUCAACAGAUAUUUCUGUAUUGUCUUAUGAUAAUUUAAGGUCUAUUUUUUCACAUUUAAGAGCUCGAGAUUUAUGGAAUUGUUCCACAGUUUCCAGGCUAUGGCAAGAUGUGGCGAAACGUGAGUUAGAUACGAGAGGUGUUGUCGUUAAAGCUGGAGCAUUUAAUAAAUUAUUUGAAGAAUGUGAUAGUAGUACGCAUAUUAGUAAUUACUUGACAAAUAAACCUAUGCUUGGUAUAUUUUUCAAUUCUCUUGAUCGUGGAUACUCAGAAUGUGUGGCAAGACACUUUCCACUAGAUAGUUACUGUAUAUCAGUGUCGAAUUACGGAGUGAUAUUUAACAACGAGGAACAUGAGAAAAUUGAAAACUAUUCAGCGUUUUCAUUAUUACCAGACGAUCCAGACGUGGAUAUUGACCUGAUAACUGCCAAUCAUUUCUCGAUGAUAUUAACUAACAAGAAAAGAGGAAGGUUUAAAUCAGUAAGCACGGCCUUCUGGCGAUCGUAUGGAUGCACCAUUGGUGCCAUUUAUCAGUCAUUUCGCUCGUCUGUUAGAAGACUCAGACAAGUCAAAUGUGUUAUUAUUUUUGUUAAUCAAAAUGCUGAGUGUGAUGCGGAGCCAUCUAUACCUGAUAUUUUCGAUAAAAAAGUAAAAGUUGCUUGGGGUGGAGUCUGCAAAGAUUUAACAGUAAUGCCAGUAUGUAAACCUGGUCUUAGAACAGUAUCAAAACCAAUGUGGCUGGGUGUUUUGAUAUCAGGGCGUAAUGUUAGAUGCUGGUCAACAAUCUUGACCGAGGAUGACGACACUGACGAAGCUAUAAGAAAAAAACUCCUGGAAUUAAAAGAACAAGUUGAAUUUCUUAAACACACUGUCGCAUAUAUGUUCGCUUGUACGAAUCGCGGCUCCGAGCUUCAUCAAGGACGGAAAAAUGUUGAGGCAUCUAUUUUCAAAAAAUAUAAUUCUGAAGACGAGGGAAUCUUUCAUCAAGUAUCAACGACGAUUAUGAUACUUUCCUAUGGUCAAACAGAGCGAAGAGAAACUCGCAAUGGUGCCAACAUGGGUUCUCCGAAAAAGAGUAAAAAACCUCAAGGUGAUGUUGAUAAACAAUUGUCUACAGACGUAAACAACUAUUUAAGUGUAACGCAAUCUUAUGAUUUAAUGCGAUAUAUUUUUUCUCAUAUUUCUGGUCGCGAACUUUGCAAUUCUUCGAAGGUUUGUAAGCUUUGGCGUGACGCAGCAUUCCGUGAACUAAAAACACGAAAGACAGUUAUCCAGUUUGGAUCGCCAAAAAAUUUUUUCAAAACCAAUGAAUGUUUACCUCCGCACGUACCAUCUUCAUGUAUAUGUUUGUCAAUAAAAAAUUACGGCCUGAUCGUAAAUAGUACAGAGCACGAACAUGCACAAAAUAUAUUAGCUUACACAUUUUUACCAGAAGACCCUACGGUCAAUAUGAAUUUAUUUAUAGAAAGUCGCUGUAGAAGAAAAGCAGAAACAAAUUUACCACCAAAUAGUUACGCGGUGUCUGAUUUAAGAAGUUUGUUUGAAUUAGUAUUCAGUGAUACGCCGACAAUUACUAAUGUCAAGUGUAUUAUUAUUUUUGUUAUUGACAAUAAUCCAUUUAGCUUCGCUGAUCUCUCCUCUUAUAUCAAAGACAAUAAAAUCGCAUUUUGGGGUGGCGCAGUAAGAAAUUUUUCUUGUUCACUGUCCGGCACUACAGUGACCAAUACCAGUUUUAUGGGAAUCGUAAUUUCUGGUGAUAACGUCAGAAGUUGGUCGACUAUUUUAACUAGAGAUGACGAAACAGAAGAAUCUGUGGUUACUAAACUUACGGAAUUAAAAAAAAGGGUCCAAUUACUCAAACAUUCAAUAGGAUUAAUGUUCAGCUGUGUAGCUCGCGGGUCUGGAUGGUACGACGGAAAUAAAAAAAAUGUUGAGGCGACGAUAUUCAAAAAUUUGUUUCCCACUAUUCCUCUUAUAGGAAGUUUUGGUAAUGGAGAACUGGGUUCUUACUCAUUCGAAGAUAAUUCAGAUGUAAAGAAUCGUCGUCCUUUUCAGCUUAAUCAUCAGUAUUCAACAACAAUUAUGAUUUUAACUUACGGAAAAUAA